AUUCACAGAAUUUGCGAAGUAAAAAGGAGGUGGUUGGGGAAACAUUUGAGGAAGAAAAUCAUCUCAAAAUAAGAAAUGAAAAUUUUGAAAAUUCCACUACUGAUUGAAUUUUGAAACAAAUAAUUACAAUGGCUCGGGUCAGGAAUUGGUGCUCGAGAUCCAGACAUUCAAUUUUUAUCUGGUUCGUCUGCGCUCUUACCUUCUGUACUCUCUUCAAUAUGACCCUUCGUAAUUCUUCAGAGUGGUCUAUCUCGAAUUCUGAGAAGAGAUUGAGAUUGUAUGAUAAGAUGGAGAGGGAUUUGGAGGAACAUGGAGCCAGUUUCCUUAAACAUGGAGAAACUUCUCAAUCACUGGCCCUGUCAGAUCUGUUCACUCUCAAGGAUGGGAUUGUCACUCCUGUGCUGAAGGCUGCAAACCCCUCUGUACGAGCAAAUGUUUUGCACCUGAGCACAGAUUAUUCUGUUCCUAUAGCGGUGGCUGUUAGGUCUAUGUUCUCACCAUACUUUGAAAGAGCAAUUUGGUUUCAGAACUCCAGUAUAUACCACUGUAGCAUGUUUCAUGCCUCACACCAUGUUGCACCGGUCCCUGCCUCAGAAGCAGAGAUUGAAGCUGAAGCAGAUUCUGUUGAAGCAGUUGCAAAGGCCAGCUGUCCAUUAGAUGUUGUUCUAGACAGGGUGGUUCUCACCUCAACUGGUGUACUUAUUGGCUGCUGGCAGGUUGUCUCUGGUACCGAUCCUGUAACUAUACGUGAGAAGCUGAGAAGUGCUCUUCCCCAUGCACCAGAGAAGCAAUUUUACGAUGCUGCUAUUCUUCACACAUCAUUUGCAAGGCUUUUGGGUCCUCCUACUAAUUUGCCUGAGGAAGCAAAAAAUCUCUCUGUGCUCGAAUUUUUCCAUGAGCUUGUAACUAGAUUAAACAGCCAAAUUCGUGGAUUUAAGCUUUUUAGGCGACAAUCACUGAGCUCUGGUAUGUAGAAGAGCAUGAUUUGCUGGCGCUUGCGCUUGAUGGAAGUAUGACGAUUCGCAAGUUUAAACUAGGUUGUUCAAAAGCCUGAUGGUAUUUGCGUUUCAACAAGCAGGAGUUUUCCCCCCGACAGAUAUGCAUCCUCGUUAUCUCUACAAUUAUGUCGUACUGAGAUUAUAGUUUGCGUGUGCAUAUAUAUGUAUGUAUAUACUGCUACACCAAUAACCAGUUCUGAAGCACAUAUGGAGUUAUGCAUAUCAAGAUUGAAGCUCAUGAAAGCUUGAAGCAAUGGAAUUGAAUGUUCCAGGUGGUAAUUUGUGCAAAAAUACUGUGUUUUUAGAGCUCAAUCCGGAACUCGUGAAGGGCUACAUGCCUACAUAUAUCAUAUAUGCUGAGAAAAAACUUUCAUGGGAUAUAAUUUUGUUCCACUCACUUCCACCAUUGUAAAAAAGUAUGUUAUUAAAAUGUUUUUCAAAAAAA